UCGGGCCUCCUGCGCUACGGGAAGCGAAGAAGAACUUUGAAGACACCGAAGAAGAGCGCCGGUGAGGCGAGUCGGUGCCGUAAAAUGUCGGGUACGGGUUCGGAGGUGGACGUGCUGGUCCAGAGGGUGGUCAGAGACCUCAGCACGGCGCUGAACAGGAACCGGAACAUAGACGAGAUCGGCCUGAUCCCGUGCCCGGAGGCCCGUUACAACCGCAGCCCCAUCGUGAUGGUGGAGAACAAGCUGGGGGUGGAGAGCUGGUGUGUGAAGUUCCUGCUGCCGUACGUGCACAACAAGCUGCUGCUCUAUCGCCAGCGCAGGCUCUGGCUGGACCGCCAAGCUUUGGUGGACAUCACCUGCACCCUGCUGCUGCUCAACCCGGACCUCACCACGGCCUGGAACGUCCGGAAGGAGCUGGUGGAGUGCGGGGCUCUCAGUCCAGAGCGGGACCUUUACCUGGGCAAGCUGGCUCUCAGCAAAUCCCCCAAGAGUCCCGAGACGUGGAUACACAGGCGCUGGGUUCUGCUGCACCUCCUGCAGAAGGCUCCGCCGGCGGACCAGAACCAGACGGACGCGGAGAGGAGCCGGCUCCUGGGCGAGCAGCUGGCCCAGACGCUCCAGCAGGAGAUGAAGGUGUGCGCCGACGCCGCCUGCCGCUAUCCCAGCAACUACAACGCCUGGUCGCACCGCAUCUGGGUGCUGCAGCGGCUGGCCAAGGGCAACGUCAAGGUCUUCCUGGACGAGUUGUCGUCCAUGCGGCCUUGGGUGUCGGCGCACGUGUCCGACCACAGCGGCUUCCACUACCGCCAGUUCCUGCUGCAGGAGCUGACCGGCGCUCUGGCUCCGCCCGCUGGCUGCAGCUCCAACGGCGAGCGAUCCGCAGUCGAAGAGCCGCCGCACGACCUCCCCGCGGUCCAGCAGCUCUUCUGCCACGAGUUGGAGCUGGUCUCAGAUCUGAUCCGGUCCUUUCCCGGACAUGAGACCCUCUGGAGCCACAGGAGGCACGUCUUCUUCCUGUGGCACCGCUGGAAGGAGCAGCACCCGGGCGACGGCGGUGAUGAAGGCGGGGAUCCAGCAGAGGGCGCUCAAACCCGGCUCAGCCAGACCUCCGCUGGAGUUCCCAUGGAGGUGGAGCGGGGGUGUUCCUCAGAUCCACAGGACAUCAAACGGCUGAGGAGGGGUGUCCCACUCCCACAGCCCCCCACCUCACAGACUGAGCACGUGUUCGUCAGCGGCCUUCUGGACGGCUGCGGCCCCGAGCAGAGGAGCUUCGCCCUGGCCUACAGGAAGUGGUUGGACACGGUGGUGGGCGUGCCGUCCUGACACCGCCAACUCUAAGCCCCGCCUCCUCGUAGCACUGAGGCUGCCUUUAGGUCAAGGACCAGCACACCUGCCUGCAGAGCCCCUUCACUCUGACGGAACCAUCCAGAACCUUCUGGACGGUUCUGACCCAGCAGCUCCUCCGAAGCCCAGCUGGUGUGGUGGUGGGGGGGGCUGCCUCCCGUUCCAGUGUUUUUAGCUCAAGCCUCAGCCGUCUGACUCCUUCUCAGGGGGGGGGGUGUUUCUCCACACCUACUCAUGCCGGCGUGCAGAACAGAAACAGGAGGGGGAGCGGUAGGACCCAGCAGAACCCGGAGUUCUGCCGGUCCAGAACACUACAGUUCUUAGGAAAGGCCCUCUGCAGUGUGACUGACGGACUCCGUUCACACGUUCAGGGGGCUGCAUUUCUUUCCUGGGGGGGUCUUUACUAUGUAGCGGUUGGUGACCUUCACACUGACCUCCUCAGACCCAGAGCUACAUGUGCAUGCCUCGCCCCCCCCAGGCCCAUGGCAGCGACACUUUAAGGUACUUGAAUGGUUUUGGGUAGACCAGAAACGCGCUUUGCAAUAAAAGCCGCUUCUUUUGCCUCUGA